CCGGAAGCUUUAGAGGGAAACACGCCAUUCUCUGGUUUGUGGCUCUGCGUCAAGACUCUGCGUCCACAUGUCUCUACGUUUCUAUCAAAUCUGGACGAAGUUUUGCUGAGGAUGAAAGAAGACCGUCCGGAGAGCCUGCAGGCCGAUCUCAGGAUGAAACUUUCCUCUCUCCUUCACGAUCUUCAUCUCUCCUCCUCCUCCUCAGAGACGCCCCUCCCCUCUCAUCGACUUCCCCCAAUCACAGAGCUCCUCUCUCUGCUGCAAGAGAAGCUGAUUUAUGCUGCUCUCCAAUCCACCGACAGCAGCUCCUUGAUUGGACAAGUGGAGCAGCUCUUCCGGGCUGCAGAUCCUGAUUGGCUGUUUUCGCAAUCGUCAGAUCGUCAGGGGUGUGGAUUGGUGGAGCUUCAGACGGCGUACAGCUCUGUAAUCAGCGCUCUGAUUGGCUGUGCAGCUCUGCCAAUCUGUGAGGAUGACUGCAGCUCAUUGAGCGCUGCAGCCUAUCAGAGCAUUCCGAGUCGGGCUACAGCAGUAAGCGCUGUCCUCACGGCGCUGCUGGAGAAAUGGAGGGAUGGGGGCGGGGCCAGAGAAGAUUUGAGUGAUUUGCUGCUUGCUGUGGCUCCGACCAUCUGUGUGUUUUCUGUCACACACUUUCAGGAUCAGGCGUGGACCAGAGCCACCUCCAGAAUGGCUGCACGGCGCCUUCAUGAGGCGCUGCUCAGGGCUGGUGGCUGGAGAGACUCCGCCCACCUCCUGAUGGGGGACAAGGACGGAGAGGACAGAGGGAUUCUGGGAAGAGUCCUGGAUGUCCUGCAGCCUCAGCUGAACAAAGACUCGUGGCAGCGCUGUGAGGCCCUGAAGUUUGUGUUUGCAUGGGCUCUUCUGCAGGUGAGCCGCCCUGGACUGUCUCCCCACCUCCCUCGACUCCUCCCCCUUUCCUUACUUCUCAACGAUCACUACAAGCCAGAGAACUGCAUGCUGGGAGUUCGUUGUCUGCACCACAUCGUGCAGAACACGCCUGCUGCAGAUCUUCGUCAGUUCAACAGAGCUGAAGUUCUGUACCAGGCUGUCUUCAAACACCUGCACACCAGUGAGGCUGCUGUUAUCCAGCUCGCCCUGGCCUGUUUGCUCGACCUGCUGCUGGUUUUUGAGAAGCCCCCCUCCUUACUCGGCCCCUCCCAAUCACGCAGGAAACCUUGUCGCCAUGACGACGUGCUGCGCGUGGUCCUGACCAACAUGGAGGUGGAGCACAAGGUGGAACUGCGACGCAUCUAUGCAUCGGCUCUGCUGCUCUACAUAGAGAGGAUGGGGGUAGCUGUGUGCCGACACCUGCAGCGGUUGGAGCGGGUGGUGCUCGGAUAUCUGGAGGUCAAAGAUCCACCUGAGGAGAUAAGUCGGCUGAAGAUGCUGGAAGUGCUGCAGAAAAUGACCAGAGAGGCAUGGCCAAGGAUGGCGCGGCGUGUCGACGUGUUGCUGCGUUGUUUGUUGCGGCUCAUGGUCGACGUUUCUUCAGACUCGAGGCUCAGCGACUCGGUUCGACAGCAGCUGAUGGAUCAAAGCUCCGCCUCCAUCCACCUGCUGGACACCUGUUCAUAUGGACGUGUCCAGCAUCUCCUGCUGCAGGUGGAUAGCAGCUGCUGCAGCUCCCAGCUGCUCCGUCACCUGGCAACAGCAACGACAGGAAGGUGACACGUGGAGGCAGGGCCCUGCAGGAGAAGAUGAAAAACUCAUCAGAACUGGAACCUGGAGCAGUACUUGGUUGCUUUACAUGUCUCAUAAAUCAAACCGAACCAGAGGCACCGCGUCGUGGAAACGUUAAGUUCUGCUGGGUACUGGUCCACG